AGUUUUAAUCAACAGAUCCCGCCAUUUAUGCGGCGCAUCAUCAGUUUGCAGAAAUAAACGCAUUCGACAUUGUGGACAUUCAUUUAAAAUAUUGGACAAAUCGGAUAAAACGUGUAAGCAAUAUGACGAAAUGCCUGUUGUGUCGCAGUGCCAACAACGAUGAGCUCUUGCUGGGUAAAAUGCACAUUCGCCGACAUGGCUGCGUUGCUGUUCAUGAGAGUUGUUUGUAUUUGAGCUCGAAUUUGGUGCAGCGCGGCCGUGAAACUAGCAACGAUAUUUGCUGUUUCACUUUAGCAGACAUCAAAAACGAAUCACAACGUACACAAAAAUUGGAAUGUUUCUACUGCCACAAAAACGGUGCCAACAUUGGAUGCUGCGCAAAGAAAUGCCGUCGAUCAUUUCACACCGAAUGCGGCAUCAAGAAUGGAGCCCAGAAUCAAUAUUGCAACACGUACAAUUCCUUCUGCAGCUCGCACAUCAAGAAGUUCCCACAGCGACCCAAGGAUCAAGAAGAAUGUGCCAUUUGCCUGGACACGUUGCUCAAAAAGGAAAAAUUCAAGUACACGGAACACAUCUUAGGCAACUGUUGCAACCGUGGCUGGUAUCACAAGCGCUGCUUGCAACAAUAUGCUAACUCGGCGGGAUAUUUCUUCAAGUGUCCGCUGUGCAACGAUAAGAAACAGUUUCAUUUGGUUAGCAUGUGGGGUAUCUUUGUGCCAAAUCGUGAUGCUUCUUGGGAACAAACAGAUGCCUAUGACGAUCAACAGGUGUUGGCGACUUCCUGCACAGCCGAGAAUUGUCAAUUGCGACGCGAGAAUCCAGAUGAAUCGGUAUCGGAAAUUCUAUUGUAUUGCAAUCUCUGUGGUGGCAAUCCAAUGCACACACAGUGCACACCAUUGGACACUGAAGAUUAUUGCUGCAACGAUUGCAAUGGCGUGGCAAAUGAUACAAUCGAUCCGACACUGGACGAUACUUUGAUUCCAACGGAAACAGCCACGAACUUGAAUGGUUCACGCAUGAAAUUCGAGACAAUGGAGCUUUCAAUGAAAAAAGAGGAGAAUGCUCCUAGCAUUACGCCUUUGCGUCCACGCAAUUGUUCACCAUCCGCAGAACAUCAAGAUUCUCGUUUUCGUGAUCGCAAUAUUUGCAUGACAACGACUGACAUGAAGGGAGAGGAGAAGAAUAACGAGAAUAUUUUCUUGGCACAGUCGCAACCGAUGACGCCAGUUUCAUUGCCUUCCAAACGUGGCCCCAUCACAGUUGACGAGCUGGAAAAGGAGAAUUCCUCACCGAUUUUGCGAGAUCAACGCUUAGGGCAUGCCAUGCAAGCAGCGCUUGAACCGAAAUUUAAGAACGAAGAUCAAUUGAGCGAUUCGGAUAUAGGAGAUGAUUUGGAAAUCGCUGUUGCAACGCUCAAGAAGCAAGAGGAAGAAUCACGCAAAGCCAAUCAAUUGAAAUAUGAGCAGAUGCCUGUUUCUGAUCAACGAUCAAGUCACGGUGAUCAAGCAUCGCUUGAGUCAAAGUCAGAGAUCAAAGAUGAGUUGAAUGAUUCGGAGAUGGGAGAUGAUUUGGAAAUCGUUGUUGCAAUGCUCAAGAAGCAAGAGGAAGAAUCACGCAAAGCCAAUCAAUUGAAAUAUGAGCAGAUGCCUGUUUCCGAUCAACGAUCAUGUCACGGUGAUCAAGCAUCGCUUGAAUCAAAGUCAGUGAAAGAUGAGUCGGAUGAUGAGAUGGGCGAUGAUUUAGAAAUCGUUGUUGCAAUGCUCAACCAGAAGAAAGCAGAAGCAGACGCGGCAAGGGAGGCUCUUAAAAGGGACAUGCAAUGGGAGGAGGAUAAAGAGAAUAAUCAGCUAACUUCAAAUACAACUGCAACUCAAAGGCCUUCAAUCUCAGUUGAAAAGUCUACGCAAUCGAGUGAAACAGCUAUUGAGAUGCGUGAAACGCGUUCGCGAUCGAGACGUCGAUUGUCACAGGAUGUAAAUGUAAAGCAUGUUGAAUCUCAGCCGGAGAAUAUAACUGUGCGUUCGAGACUGAGUUGUGGAUUGUCGCAGAAUCCCAAUGAUGAACUUAUUCAAGCCCAGCCAGCGAAGGCUACAGUGCCUCCGAUGCGCUCGCGCUCGAGACUGAGCUGUCGAUUGUUCCCGGAUGUGAAUGUUGAUCAUAUUGAAUCUCAGGCUGAAAAGAAUACUGUGCGUCCAUCGCGCUUGCGUUCAAGACUGAGUUGCCGAUUGCCGCAGGAUGUGCAUAUCAAACCUGUCGAGUCCCAACCAGAGAAGAUGGCUGUGCGUCAAACACGUUCGCGUUCGAGAUUGAGUUGCCGAUUGUCGCAGAAUCCCAAUGAUGAGCAUAUUCAAACCCAGCCAGAGAAUGCUACAGUGCCUCCAACGCGCUCGGAUGUGAAUGUUGAUCAUAUUGAAUCUCAGGCUGAAAAGAAUAAUGUACGUCAAACGCGUUCACGCCAACGUCGCGCCACAAUUGCCGUGCAGCCGCAACAGUGCGAAACAAUGCGUCAAACGCGUUCACGUUCACGUCUCCGUGGCUCCCUUAAAGAUGCAAAUAAUGUGCCUCAGCCAACAGCGAAUCGUGCAGCUCGCUUGCGUCAAAGACGCAGCACAUUCGCUGUGGAAAGAUCAGCGAAGGAGAAGUCGCAAUCGCCGCCUUUGAAGCGUCAAACGCGCUCACGCUCUGCCUUAAAGCGCAAAUCACCGACGGACUUGGGUGUAGGUCGGCAUCCAAUGCGUCGUCGUAGCCAACAUGCGCUGCAGCCCGAGGCGAUGUUGAAGAGCUACGAUGUUGAAGAGCAAUGGAGAAGCAGAUUGUAGCCAAACGGUUCCCAAUCGAAUGAUCUCAUGUGGUUUCAUGUACCGCAGUCUAAUAUAAAAUGUAUCCAUUUAUCUUUUAAGCCAAAAGCGUGAAAUUUGCAGCUAUAUUUUUUUUAUAACACAUAUUCACCAAGUUAAGAAAUGAAAAAAAAGCCUGGUAUAAGGCAGUUUUUGAAGGACUCGAAUAUCUUCAAUUUAAUGUAUUUUCAUUAAACAUAUCCACCAACCUGGAAAAUAUUGGUGCAUUUAUUUUUUUUUUAAGUUCUAAGUUUGUAAGUUGUGAAUUACGCGAAAUGCUAAAAAUUUUUGUUUGCUAAUUGUUGGUUAUUUUUACCUA